AUGGACGGCGAGUGGCUGCUGCGCCUUGACGAUGCCUGCCGGGCAAACCCUGGGCCUGGCGGCGCCGGCGCUGCGCUAUUCAAGCCCAGCGGCCCCGUAGUGUGGACGUGUUCCCACUACAUGCCGAGCAGCGGCGAAACCAACAACACGGCCGAGUACACCGCGCUGCUGCUCGGCACACGGGCUGCCGCCGACCACGGUGUCACGCGCUUGCGGAUCGAGGGUGACAGCACUUGUCAUCCAGCAGGUGCGUGGCAUAUUCGCCACACGCAACAAGCGCCUGAGGCUAAUGCGCAUUGCGGUCAAGGCGGAGCUGGCGCGGAUGGAGCGGGCAACGCUUCAUCCCAUCGACAGGCAGGCGAAUGGUCAUGCCGACCGCCUCGCCAACGCCGCUCUUGA